CUCGCGCCUGCGCAGAGCCGUGCUCAGGCUGCGGCGAGCGGUUGGAAGAGGCGAGCCCCUUCUCUCACUGGCCGCCGGCUAUGACGAUCACCUACAGCUGCGUUGCUAAUGGCCGAGCGGUCCUGGCCGAGCUGGCCCUGACCGGCGGCUCCUAUCAGGAAGCAGCAGCAAAGGUGCUUAGGCAGGUGCUUCUGAAAGCAGAACCAGUGACCAUAAUCCAAAUAGGAAGCUACGUCUACCAUACGCUCUUUAUUGGCGGAAUCACAUAUUUAUGUGCUACAGACAAUGGCUUGGAUACCUUGGCACCAUCUGCAUUUCUUAAAAAAGUUAGUGAUAUUUUUACAAGAAAUCCUCUGAUGUCACAAGACCAUUUUUUCCCUUCAAAUGCACUUGCUACAGAUUUUCAGCAAAUACUAGCAGAACACAUGAUGGAGUACAAUAAAAAUCAAAGUUACAACACAGUAACUACAAUGAAAAGCCAAGUGACUGAUGUAAAAAACAUUAUGCUGAGAAACAUGGACACAGUUUUAGAAAGAGAAACAGAGACAGUGAGCAUCAUCCCUAAAGGAACAGAUGACCCCCAAGAAAUAGCUGAAAACUCUGAGAAAGCAAGGAAGAUCCCCAAGAGGGUAUGGUGGAAACCCUUCAAGAUCGUAAUUACCGUCCUUACAAUCCUCCUCUCAAUCAUUGUCAUUCUCUUAAGUACACACACAAUACCUACCUGACCCUUCCUCCCCUCAAUGCCAAUAAACGGUUCUGUGGAA